CCUGAUGACGGAUGCCCUCCCAUCAAUACUCGAAGCCGAAACAUCCCCCGUUUAGGCCUUCCAAUGGCUGAAAGUACACCAGACUCAUCGAGACCGCAAAGCGACCACUGCGAAGUCUCCUCUUCAGUUGGUCCUUACUUAGCCUCAGUUGACGGAUCCUCAUCAGUCUGGCAGAAGUCUUGGGAGCUUCCCAAGCCUUACCCUGAAUCUGGAGCAUCCUGGGGCCAGGACAACCCUAUGGGUGCCAUGGGCAGCGGGGUCAUUGUGGACCCCAUCAAGACCUACCACAUGGGUAUUGCUUUAGCAACAAGGCAGACCCCCUUUGCGUUGUUAAAGCCGAAUAAUGGGACUCCUGUACUGGUGAAGGUUAUUGAUACGAAGCUCCCUGGUGGGAAACAGAUGUUGGUCCCAGCUACUGCUGAAGACUUGAAAGUGGGAGGUAAAAUUGUUCUCAAGAACGAUGAAAAUGACCUUUCUGAGGGGGUCAACGAAGCGGCAGGCCCGGAAAUAGGCGGCGCGGUCCAGAUUCGAGUCCCGGUGGUGGCCAUCGUGGUGCCGAAGAUCAAGAACGGCGGACGACUGCAUCUGUCGGUGGAGGAGCCGCACCACGCGUACCACACUGCUUUGUCUGCUGAUGGAGGCCAGACUAUCCAGGAACAACGUUUUACAGUUGGGGAGGUGAAGGUGGAGCCGUGCGGCACGCCCGACGUCGCCGGCCGCCUGGACGCGCAUGACUUUGAUGACUCUUCCAUCAAGUCUGGGACCACCAGUGGUCCGCGGACCACCGGUUAA